GAGACACCCAGCGCGCCUGCGUCCCUCGAGGAUCAGCGCAGCGCGCAGCCGGAGCUUCUGGGCACCCAUGGAGGACGAAGAAUUUUCAGGCUCAUCUGCGUUUACAGAUGGGCAUGGCGCGACGGAAACAUCCGCUCCCUCCGAAGCCCUUCAGAAGCCCUUUGUCCUCAGGCUCCUCGACGUGCACAAGCUUGAGGCGCCGGAGGAACCAGAAGAGGCCGACAAGCAGACCCAGCAAGACCAAUGGAACGAGUUUGAUGAGCCCGAGGAGACACUUGAACCCCACACGUCCUAUGAGCCCCACGAACCCUAUGAGCCCUACAAGCCUUUUGACCCCCACGAGCCCUAUGAGCUCCACGAGCCCUAUGAGUCCCACGAACCCUAUGAGCCCCACAAAGCCUACGAGCCCCACGCACUCCGCAAGCCACGUAAGCUUCGCGAGCCCCGUAAACCCCAGGACCUUCAUGCUCCCCGCGAGCCCCACAAGCCCAAGGAAGCCGAGUUGCUUCCCAGAGCUGCUGCCGUGGUGAUCUCCCCUUCUCUGGUGACCAGGUUCCCACCAAGGAUUCCGCCAUCUUCCCUGAGCGAUCCUGGUCCCUGUGGCAUUGCAAGAAAAUGGCCCUACAGUGAUUACUUAACAAGAGAUUCUCUUCAAAUCUCUUAUCCUUCUGCCCGGAUAGUACAACUCUCAACAGCCAAAGCCACAAGUCCAAACUAUGUUCCUCCAAAAAGGAUUGAAACCGAGAUUUCAGUUCCUGCCCUGAAUGCUGUUGCAACUCCAAGAACUGUAGACCUUGCCCACCCAAGGAUCAAGAUAGAGGGUCUGUGCUUUGAAAGAGAACGAAGUGAACUGCCCAUCCGUCCUAUAUCCCGUGCUGCCUUGCUAUACAAACCUAGCCCUCGAAUAAUUGCUCUAGCUAAGCCCAGGCCUCUUCAUCAAGAUUAUCUACCUGUCCGUGAUGCCCACUGGCCAGUGUCUUAUGCUGCUAUCCAUUGCAAAAUAUCUCCAAGAAUUCAAGAACUAGCUAAUCCAAAUACAAGGUCUCCUGUGCAUAGUAUAUAUUACGAUCCAGAUGUCUUUAAAGUCAAGCCGGCUGCUUUGAAAACACAGUGUUCUCCAAGGAUCCACAAAUUGGCAGAACCUCUUGUGCAUUAAAUACA